AUGUUGGACCAGGCCCUGCAGGUUACUUUUGCAACACAAGCAAAGCUAAAAAUCAGAAACAAAGGCACUAUUUUUCAAUUCAAAGCAAACUUCAAAAGAGAGCCAAUGGAGAAGACUACUCUAAUCAUUUUUGUUGGUAUCAUAGCCUGCCUUGUCUCCACUACUUCAGCAACAGCAGGGAUUGCCACCUUUUAUACAAGUUAUAUUCCUUCUGCAUGCUUUGGAAAUCAAGACAAUGGUAACAUGAUCGCAGCAGCCGGAGAUGCACUGUGGAAUAAUGGGGCAGUGUGUGGAAAAACAUUCACUGUAACGUGCACAGGAGCCCGAAAUGCAGUACCACAUCCAUGCACAGGCAAGAGUGUAACCGUAAAGAUUGUGGAUCACUGUCCAGGAUGCCCCUCAACCCUUGACCUCUCCAAAGAAGCCUUCACUCUGAUUGCUGACCCCGUUGCUGGUAUCAUUAACAUUGACUACAAGCAGUAA